AUGACCCGUCAUUGCUCCAUUGCUCAGCAAUCCUUCUUUGAUGACGCAUCAGAGGCCUCUCUAGACUUGGGCAACAGUAACAACAACAACAACAACAACAUGCAACACCACAACACCAGCAACAUCGACCCUACCCUCGAGAACUCUUCAUUAUUCUCAUCCAACUGGACGGCCCAGCCCCAGCAGGUCCAGAGAUAUCUAGAAGAUCCUCAAAAGACAGCCUUUUUCAACGCGCCAUCCCUGCCACGAACACACUGCCAGAACCCACAUACUGGCUCUGUAGCGCAUGCAGUCGCGGGUCUCUCCACGCCUCAGCCGAGUUAUGGUUCCCCGUACUCGACCAAAGAACACAGCUCCUCGUGCGGCAGUCUCCUCAGUCCACCCAGUGAGAGCGAACUUCACUACGAAGGUCCACCAACACCGUCGGGAAUCGACAUGAUCAUGCCAUUCACUUCGGCCUCCCUCAAGCAGCCUUUUACUCAGUGGGUUACAGCUACUACCGACCUUGGAAACUGCUCAACAAUGCCAGCCUUCACCAACCCCUUCGCGGUGAACCCUGCCGAUGACUUGAGCGCUGGAUUUAUGGACGACAGCGAUGCGCACACUUACGAGUACAGCCAUCCCCACCAUCCCCUUCCUGCUUCGGCAUAUAUCCUCCCAAGCAAUAUAUCUUCCGGCUACAGUGUCGGUACAGCCGAUGCGCCCAGAGUGCUUGACUUUGACACCAGCGUGCUGCAGGCCUCUGACGCCGUUCAGCCCAUGGGUACCUAUGGCGAGGAUUAUUACCCGUCUCCAAGCGCGCACGAUGAAGAGAUGGGAUCAGAACUAGACGUCAGUGUGCUCAAGCCUGACGUAGAUACCGUGCCUUUGCCUUUGGAAACCCAAAAACAUAAGCAUAAUUCAUCAACACCAUCCUCUGCCAAGAGGAAGCAGAGGUCAACAGCGUUGCAGACGUCCGGAAAUGCCGUCAGUAUUGACUCAUCGCCUAAGAGGCGGAGAUUGAGCGUUCCAAACGUCCCCCGACAGCGGCGUCGGUCAGACCAUCGAGCAGCAAUGGCAACUCCAAGAAUGCACUUUGCUCCACCUCUCUCCUCUCCUGGGACGAGCAGCAGCCCCCAGCCCGUCAAGUCCACCAAGUAUUCCGCCCAGAUAACGUGCCCUGAGUGCAAGGAGAAGGAGACGACUUUCAAGAGCGAAGCGGCACUGCAGGCGCACAUCAAGAAACACCACACCCGGCCGUUUGUUUGCAUCUUUGCCUUUGCUGGCUGUGACGCCACCUUCCCAAGCAAGAACGAAUGGAAGCGACACGUCAUGUCGCAGCACCUCCUGCUUCACUACUGGAUAUGCACGCAGGACACAUGCGCGCACACUGACAACAACGGAGUCGCCGCCAGCACCGCUCCCGCGUCCGGCCGCAGCAGCAGCAGCCACAGAACGCCUUCUGCCACUGCGCCCCGGGCGGGCAGCCUGCGGGGCCGCAAUUCUUGCGCCAUCGCACCAGCCGCAUCAUCCCUAACGCCAGGCCUACAACGCUUCGGACCCCCUUUGCCCAACGGGGCCAUUUUCAACCGUAAAGACCUCUUCACGCAACACGUCCGCCGGAUGCACAUGCCGCAGGACAUUCGCGAGCAGCAAAAGAUGGCAGGUGAACAGCAGAGUGGAAGCUGCAGCGGCGGCAAGAAGAAGGCAUCAUCUGCAGACAAGGCGAGCGGCGGCGAGCAACUCGCUGGCUGGGAGAAGCACGUUAAGAACCUACAGCAGGCCGCCGAGAAGGAGCGCUGCCGGCUGCCGACGUUUAUGGCGUGUCCCGUCGAGAACUGUGGGGAGCAGUUCAGCGGCGUCGACGCUUGGGACUCGCGCAUGGAGCACCUAGCGCGGCAUUUUGAGGCCGCUAGCAAGGGCGAAGAGCCGCCCGUGCCUUCGACGGGCGAGUCGGACCCGUCGUUGGUCCAAUGGGCGUCAGACGAGAACGUUGCCGUCGUCGUCAAGUGCGGCACACAGUGGGUCCUCAACAACCCGCUUAAGCCCACUGACAUCGCUGUCAUGGCCGCCGCUGCGAACAAGCUGGCUGCCGCGCGUGGGGACGUUGGCGAGGAGGACGCUGAGGGUGAAUUUGACGAUUAA